AUGCCAGUCUGUUGUUCAAGCAAAGUCAUCUGUAAAAGUGGAUGUUGUGAUCCAUGCUGUGACCCAUGUUGUGACCCAUGCUGUGGCCCAUGUUGUGGCUCUGGUUGUGGAUGCGGCUCAUGCUGUAGUUCUGGAUGUGGAUGUGGUUCAUGUUGUGACUCAUGCUGUGAUCCAUGCUGUGCUCCAUGUUGUGUACGCAAGAAAACUAUCGUCACCAAAACAGUCUGCUACCGACCGGUUGUCAAAGUCGUCAAGAAAACUGUCUGCUGCAAAACAUGUCCACGAGUGUGCUGCUGCUAA